AUGUAUGAGGAAGAAAUGCAGGACUUCGAAGACGAAGUCCUGCAAUCAUUUGCCGAGCAUGAUGGAAAUGGUGAGCAUGAUGGAAAUAGCAGUGACAAGGAAGAUGGUAGGGAGGAGUUAGAAUGGGAGCCACCAGUGCAGGAGGAUGAGGGAUGGGCAGGGGUGGAAGUAGAUGAUCCUAUGGACCACAACAACAGCAGUAUCGACCGCGAAACGCGCCACCAGAUUGAACGGCAAAUCGCAGAUCACAAUAGACCUAUCGCCCAAGCUGAAAUUCGAAAUGUGAAUGCUACAUAUGCUUCCAGUAUCAACAACUUGAACGCGGAAAAUCCUUAUGCUCCGUUCACCUCUCAAAUGGACUGGGAGGUUGCGCAAUGGGCAAAGUUACGUGGCCCGAGCUCAACAGCAUUUUCGGACUUGCUUAGUAUUGAUGGUGUUAGUGAACGCCUUGGUCUGUCUUACAAAAACGCAAGGGAGCUUAAUAGUAUCAUCGACACGCAACUUCCUGGUCGUCCGAGGUUUCGUCGUGAACAGGUCGUUGUUGCGGGCGAAGCAUUUGAUAUUUUCUACCGUGACAUACUUGAAUGUAUCAAGGAUCUCUACGGCAACCCAGACUUUGCUGACUUUCUUGUGUUUGCACCAGGACGCCAUUACACAGACACAGAUAAAACAGUUCGGUAUUUUGGCGACAUGCACACAGGUAAAUGGUGGUGGAGUACUCAGAAAAAGCUCGACAAACAGCGGCCAGGGGCAACUAUCGUUCCCGUCAUCAUUUCGACUGAUAAAACACAAGUCACUGUGUUCCGUAACAAAACCGCAUACCCUGUCUACCUUACUAUCGGUAAUAUACCGAAAGAGAUUCGUCGAAAACCGUCCCGACGCACACAAAUCCUUCUCGGGUAUCUUCCCACCACACGCCUUGAGCAUAUAACCAACAAGGCUUCACGUCGCAGAAGUGCUGCAAACCUUUAUCAUGCUUGCAUGUCUCGUAUCUUGUCACCGCUGGAAAAAGCUGGUCUCGAUGGUCUAGUGAUGCAAAGUGGGGAUGGCGUCUCGCGCCAUUGUCAUCCUCUCUUCGCUUGCUUUGUUGGCGAUUACCCCGAACAACUAUUGGCUACUGGUAUCAAGACUACAGAAUGCCCGAAGUGUGAUAUCCCACCUGACGAGCUUGAGAGUAGCACAACUCCCUUCGAAAUACGCGAUUUCGAUGCUGUUCUUGAAGCACUCACCACAAUCGACGUUGGAGCCCUUGAAUUUGUUCAGGCAUGUCGCGAGGCAGGAAUCAAGCCCAUUGUCCACCCGUUUUGGGAAAAACUACCCUACGUCAACAUUUUCCAAGCUGUUACACCCGACGUCCUCCACCAAUUGUAUCAAGGACUCGUUAAACACCUUCUCAAUUGGCUGGCAGAGGCAUGUGGAUCAGCCGAGAUUGAUGCACGGUGUCGAAGGCUACCGCCAAACCACCAGAUCCGUUUAUUUAUGAAAGGAAUUACUAGCCUCUCUCAUCUCAGUGGCACGGAACAUGCCCAGAUAUGCCGUUUUCUCCUUGGCAUAAUUAUCGACAUACGACUUCCUGGCAAUCUAGAUCCAGCUCGUCUUUUGCGAGCUGUUCGUGGCCUCCUUGAUUUCUUGUACCUGGCACAGUAUCCGUGUCACAGUUCCGAUACAUUGUCUCUGCUCGAUGAAGCUCUCGCCCUCUUUCAUGACAACAAGCAAAUUUUUGUGGACCUCGGUAUUCGCAAUAAUUUCAAUCUUCCGAAACUUCACGCAACUCGGCACUACACAUCUAUGAUUCGUUUGUAUGGCACCACAGAUAACUAUAACACGGAGUACACGGAACGUCUUCAUAUAGACUUUACAAAAGAUGCCUAUCGUGCCACUAACCACAAGGAUGAGUUUGUGCAGAUGACUCGGUGGCUCGAGCGCAAAGAAAAGAUCGUGCGCCAUGAUAAAUUUAUUCGGUGGCAACUCAACAUCAAUCCCUUUACCCACCAUCCUCAUCCACCCGACUUGUCUUUUCGCCGCACUCAAACCUUAACGAAGCACCCAAGCGCAAAAGCAGUCCCAAUCCAAAGAUUGAUUUCAGACUAUGGAGCCAUCUACUUUCAUGAAGCUCUUGCUCGGUAUAUUGCCCAGCAAAACCAUCUCAACGAAACCCUUUCCCGUCAACGUCUUGAAGACCUGGCUGCAAAUGUCAUUCUGCCAUUUCGUUCAGUCGCUGUCCACCACAAGAUCAAGUGGGUCUCCGUCGACGCUCAAGGACAUGGUGAUCCAUGUGUCACCAUUGAUAGUGUCCACGCUAGGCCUGGUCACGCUGGAAGCUCUCAACGAGAUGAUGCAGUGCCUGCGCGUUUUGAUACUGCGCUUGUCAAUGAUGGUACUGGUGAUUCUGUGGGUGUCAAAGGCUACCGCAUUGGUCAGAUUCGCACCAUAUUCUCUAUCCAACGACGAGAUGCGCUGUCAUUGUUCCCUCCAACGUCCCAACCUCCAAAACACCUUGCUUACAUUGAAUGGUUCACCCCGUUUUCUUCAAUGCCGGACUCGCGUCAUGGUAUGUACAAAAUUUCUCGUUUCAUUCAUUCGGGCGAGAGAGUUGCUAGCAUAAUCCCUGUUUCGAACAUUGCUCGCAGUGUGCAUCUUAUACCAAAGUUUGGACCAGUCGCACCUCGUCACUGGACAAGCAACACUGUCCUCGAAGAAUGUGAUACUUUUUUCGUUAAUUGUUAUAUUGAUAGGCAUAGUUUUGUGGCCCUUAGAUAG